AUGAAUCUUGUUGACCCGGAGCCUACUGUGGCCCCAAAGCCUUUAGCUGCUCCUGAUCCUGCAUUAGAGCAUGACCCUGUUCAUGAUGAUGCACCAGCCAUUGCACCCUUUGUCGAUGAUGUACCAGUUGCUGACGUUCCUGCCGAUGUUCCACCCUUGAUAGAUGAUCCUGUCGUUGAUGCACCAUUUCCCGAGUCCGUGCCGGUAUUGUUUGACCGUGCACCCUUUGCGACUCACAUAGAUCCACGUUACGCUGACACCCGUAACGGGUGGAUCAACGACGAUGACGAUUACCCACCAUUUGUGUUCCCAGUUACACCCCCAGUAGCACCCGUGUCUGCACCCACUGAUGUUCAUUUGUUUCCCCCACACACCACGGAUGUUCACCGCAUUGAUCUAACUAUCACGUUCCUUCAGGACAUACCGCCGCAUCGUCCUGGAGAGGGGUCAUCUAGGCAGCCGCCUGUUCCUGUUCCACCCGUGCUGACCAAAGCUCCGUCAAACUCGGCGUUUCCUGGAAUAUCGAUUAAGAUGCUUGGAUUAGAGACUGCCAACGCUACUGCAUGGGAAGACUUCAAGAAUUGCAUCAAGGAAGAGUACUGUUAG